CAUCUGUGGGUGCUUUCAGGUAACAUACCCGGCAUCAGUGAAGUCAGAAGUGGGCCUUCCAGUUGACUGAACUUUAGAAGUGUAGCACAGACAUAAAGACUGUGGCACAGAUGUCUAACUUCUAGUCUCAACCGAGCAGUGACAGACUUCGGCAGCAGUUUGCUGAAGCACGAAAGAAAUGCGCCUAAAAUUCCAGUGGGUUCUAUUGGUCAGCCUGGCGGUGUUGUCAGCCGGAGCUGAUGACAAGGAUGCAGCAGAUGUGUUGACGAACGAAGCUCCUUCUGCAGAAAGAAAAUUCUUAAUCUUGACUGUCGCCACUGAAGAAACUAGCGGCUACAAACGUUAUCAACGUUCGGUGAAAAUCAAUGGAUUACCGGUUAAAGUUCUGGGACUUGGAGAAGAAUGGAAGGGUGGAGAUAUGGCAAAUUCAGUUGGAGGUGGCCAGAAGGUGUUGAUGCUCCGGAAGGAAUUAGAAUUACAUAAAGACGACCCUGAAAAAAUUAUUAUGUUUACCGAUGCGUAUGACGUCCUUUUCAAUGCCAAUGAAGAAAAAAUCCUGGAGCAAUUUCACCAGUUCAAUGCCCGUGUGGUUUUCUCAGCUGAAGGUUUCUGCUGGCCAGAUCCCAAUCUUGCUUCCAAGUACCCGGAAGUAGAGCGCGGAAAACGCUUUUUGAACUCUGGACUAUUUAUGGGCUAUGCUCCCGAAUUGUACAAGAUUCUAAAUGAUGGUGAAAUCGCGAAUGACGAUGACGAUCAAUUGUACUACACCAAAAUCUUUUUGGAUGAAAAGAAACGGGAAAAGCUUAACAUUAAACUCGACCACCGUUCCGAGAUAUUCCAGAAUCUCAAUGGAGCCAUCUCUGAUGUAGAACUUCGUUUUAUUGGCACCGAAUCUCACUUAGAAAACACUGUCUAUAACACCGUUCCUCUAGUCAUCCACGCCAAUGGACCUACCAAGCUGUUCCUUAACACCUUAGGAAAUUACAUUCCAAAGAGCUGGAACGCUGAAGAAGGUUGUCUAAAUUGCUGGGAAGAUAUGAAUAGUCUCGAGAAGAAAAAGCCGAAAGAUUUCCCUAAAGUAGUGAUUGGAAUUUUCAUCGAAAAUCCUACUCCAUUUUUUGAAGAAUUUCUACACAAAUUCCUAGCAUUGAGUUACCCUAAAGAUAAGAUCAAUCUUUACAUUCAUAACGGGGCAUCUUACCAUGCCAAGCAGAUUGCUGGCUUCGUUGAGUCCCAUGGCAAAGAAUACGCAAGUGUUAAGCUCAUCAAUCACGACGAAAACGUAAAAGAGUGGCAUGCCCGCAACUUGGGAAUUGAAGAGUGCCUGAAGAAGAAAUGCGAGUAUUAUUUCAACGUGGAUUCCCUCGCUCAAAUCGACAACCCCCAUACGUUGAAGUUGCUGAUCGAACAAAACCGUCCUGUUGUGGCUCCAAUGAUGAUUCGUCCAUACCAAGCUUGGUCAAACUUCUGGGGAUCUUUGACAACGGACGGUUUCUAUGCUCGUUCCAUCGACUACAUGGAAAUUGUCCAAGGACAGCGAAGGGGCUUGUGGAAUGUUCCUUUCGUCACCAGUAUUUACCUUGUACGAGGAGAUAUUAUUCAUAAUCCAAAAACCAAACCGAGUUACAUCUAUAAUCUGCUCGACGCUGACAUGGCCUUCUGCACAAACAUGCGGAACAACGACGUCUACCUCUACGUCACCAACCGACUCGAUUGGGGCCAUUUGGUCACUGUCGAUAAUUUCGAGACUCACCACUUCAACAAUGAAUUGUACGAGAUCCAGAACAAUCGUUGGGAUUGGGAGAAACGUUAUCUUCAUGUAAACUACAGCCAAAACCUCGACACCAAUCUAAAUGUUACUAUGCCAUGUCCGGACGUGUUCUGGUUCCCCAUGGUUACGGAGCGUUUUUGCGACGAGUUGGUCGGCGAAAUGGAAAACUUUGGCCAAUGGUCUGACGGUACCAAUACUGAUCCACGCCUAGAAGGCGGCUACGAAAACGUACCAACCCGUGACAUUCACAUGCGUCAAGUUGGCAUGGAUCACCAGUGGCUCGCCUUCUUGCGGGACUACGUUCGUCCGUUGCAAGAACGAGUCUUUUUGGGAUACCAGCAUUAUCCACCCCGUUCAACCAUGAACUUUGUGGUGCGCUAUAGGCCGGACGAACAACCAUUCCUAAAGCCUCAUCACGAUUCAUCCACCUAUACGAUCAAUCUUGCCCUCAACCGACCCAAAAUCGAUUACGAGGGCGGCGGUUGCAGAUUUUUGAGGUACAAUUGCAGUGUGCAGGACACCCGCAAAGGUUGGAUGUUGAUGCAUCCAGGUCGACUCACCCAUUAUCAUGAGGGGCUUUACGUAACCAAGGGAACUCGGUACAUCAUGAUUUCGUUUGUCGACCCUUAAAUGGCAGGUUCAGUUCCGCACCAAGAAGUUUUGCAAUCACACGUCUUUAUUUUUCACGACACUGGAAAUUUCUUUUAUUACUUCUGUUAUGUAUAAACCUGUGCUUCGUCCAUUUAAUUGGCUUAAUAAGAGACUUGGUUUAUCUUUGUCAGUGCAAUUGAUGGAAAUAAAAAAAGAUGUGCCUUUUCAA